AUGAGCCUUAGACCCGAACACACAGAUGAGAGGUCGAAUCGCCUCGCGAGAGUGCGAGAGAACCAGCGGAAAAGCCGUGCCAGAAAACAGCAGUACAUCGAGGAACUCGAGCAAAAGGUAGCGGUCUGCAAUGCGCAAGCGCAGCAACGCGAAAUCGAGCAUCUCAUUGCAAUCCAGAAACUUGAGGCAGAAAAUGCAAAGCUACGCAGUCUAUUAUUACAUCGAGUGGGCAUCACCCCUGACUUUCUGGAGGAUUUCUUGAAGGACGAGUCGCAUCGUACUGCAGCAGCGGGAGAGAAAAUAGCCAUUCCUCGUCUUAAGGCUUCGCCAAGCCAAACCCCUGCCACUACGAAUACUGCCAAGUCAUGUUCACCCCAGUUAUCGAAAUCAGUUGAUGGUUCCUGUGCACAGAUUCCAAACUGUCAAAGUGGAUCUUGUCGGGAACCAUCUGAGGUGAUGUCUGUUGAACCCACAGCGAUUCAGCAUCAGACAAACCAAAGCGCCAAGAUGCCUUCCAUUGCGUCUCUAUGUGACUGCGGACCCGAAUCCACGACCAAGUGGCCUAAAUCUGACAGUUCUGCGGACACAACUCUCUGCGAGGUUGCCCAGGACUUGAUUGAUGUAUACAAUAUUCGAGGGGUGGACAUCAACAUUAUCAAACAGCGGCUUUGGCCCGGUUUCCGUGAUGGGGAUUCCGCUGGCUGUCGGGUGCGGAACAAUCUGCUGUUUGAGAUUUUGGAUGAGCUUAGUGGAGACAUCUCUGCGUCUGUUAGCAGUUGA